UAUUUUUUUACUUUUAUAACUACAGACGAACUUGCAAUUAGCACGAGACAAUAUGUAUAGAAAUUUAGAAGAACACAAUCGGCUAGUCAAUAAAUAUCUAAAGAUAUUUUUUGUUGUAGCAUUAUAUUGGUGCACUUCCAUACUGACAGUAUUUGUUAAUAAACAUCUGUUGAGCAGCGAUGCGGUUAAUUUGGGCGCACCACUUUUCAUGUCCUGGUAUCAGUGUGUUGUAUCCACCAUCAUAUGCUUUGCAAUGAGUCGCCUCAGUCGCAAAUAUCCGAGCGUGUUUACAUUUCCUGAGGGAAAUCCAUUGGACAUUGACACCUUCCGAAAGCUACUCCCGCUAACAGUGCUCUACACGCUCAUGAUCGGUGCCAAUAAUCUGUCGCUUGCUUACGUCACGGUCGCCUUCUAUUACAUUGGGCGCUCCCUCACCACAGUGUUUAGUGUGGUGUUAACAUACCUGAUCUUGCGACAACGCACAAGUUUCAAGUGCUUGGUGUGCUGUGCCACAAUUGUGUUGGGCUUUUGGAUGGGUGUGGAUCAGGAGAGCCUAACACAAUCAUUCUCCUGGCGUGGCACAAUAUUUGGUGUCCUCAGCUCUCUGGCUUUGGCUAUGUACUCUAUACAAACGAAAAAGUCGCUCGGCUAUGUCAACCAGGAGAUAUGGCUGUUGAGCUACUAUAAUAAUCUGUACUCUACAGUCCUCUUUUUACCUCUCAUUAUUCUGAACGGUGAGCUGGGUACGAUUCUGGCAUACCCACACCUGUGGGCACCCUGGUUCUGGGCGGCAAUGACGCUCAGUGGAUUUUGUGGUUUUGCCAUUGGCUUUGUCACAGCUUUAGAGAUAAAGGUUACUUCACCGCUAACGCACAACAUCUCCGGCACGGCUAAGGCGUGCGCACAAACAGUUAUUGCCACGCAGUAUUACAACGAUGUGCGCUCCGCGAUUUGGUGGGUUUCGAAUAUAGUCGUAUUGGUUGCAAGUGCAGCUUACACUCGGGUCAAACAAUUGGAAAUGGCGCAGCAGCACCAGCAGCGAAACGCCGCAACAUUGAAAGCAUAAUAUAAUAUUUCCCAUUAUUCGAUUCAGUUUCAAAGAAUUUAAAGCAUUCAUGUAUCUUUCUAUCUGCGCACCACUAUAUAUAGUGCAAUUCUUCAGUGCUCUAAUCGUGCGCAUUGUGUUAGUGUAUGUAAGUUGAAAAAGUGUCAUGCGUCUAAUUCCCCUUAUUGUCAUAGCACACAAAUAUCUUUUGAUCUUUAUAUAC